AUGAUUGAAGAGGAGGGAUAACAACUCAAAAGUUAAUUGGAAUAACAACUUGUUGAAGCUAUUUUAGAUUCUCUUCAAAAUCAUAUGGAUCAAAAUGCUACCUUUUUAGCUGAAAGAUUGGUUUAUGAAAGAGACACUGAAGAGUUCAGGUCACUAUUGGCUGAAUGCUACUUAUAAGAGAAUUAGCCAUAUAAAGCUUGUCAUAUUCUCAAGGACUGUAAAUCAGAAUUCAAUCGUUAUUAAUAUGCAGUGUCCUUAUACAGAAAUCAAAAAUAUAAAGAAGCUGAAGUUGCUUUAGUUGGAACCUAAUUUAGCAAUCAAUUUUCGAUUUAAACUCAAAACGUACCAAAUGGUGGUUUUGGUUUCCUCUUGUUAGGUCAAAUUUAAGAAUAACUUCAUCGUAUUGACGAGGCUAAACACUAGUAUUCAAGAGCAUUGGAUUAUAAUCCCACCUUAUGGGUUGCCUUUGAAAGACUAUCAAAAAUUGGUGAAUCUGUCGCUAUUAACAAGGUGUUCAAUGAUCAGAAAUAGAGAUAACAUGAAACUAAUAGAUAGUAGAGUUGCAAUAUCUAUAAGAUAAUACAGAACUUAUUGAAAAAUAAGACAGCCAAUUUUAAAUCAGGGUAGAAAGAAGAAGAAACUAGAGAUGAAGUCUAAAUAAAUGACUCUGUAAUAUUACAAUCGAUAUGCUUAAUAGUAAUUUUCAGGCAAAAGAUAAUCCUAAACCAUCAAACCUUUUUCAAUAACUGGUGUUCAGCAAUCAGUUGUUCAUAUGGAUGA